AUGAUAUCGUUCCGGGGCAUCGACAACCGUGUUUACUAUAUGGUGGACACGAAUCAGCACAUCCAGCUCAUCAAUUUCAGUGGCUGUGGCAAUACGGUCAAUGCCAACCAUCCUGUUGUUGCCCAGCUGAUCAUCGACUCUCUGAGGCACUGGGUGGAGGAAUACCAUGUGGAUGGUUUUCGAUUUGACUUGGCGUCCUGUCUCUGCAGAGAUGGCAAGGGGGAUCCUAUUUCGGCCCCACCUUUGAUCCGAGCAAUAUCCAAAGACGAUGUGCUCAAGGAUGCAAAACUUAUUGCAGAGCCAUGGGAUUUGGGCAUGUACCAGGUUGGAUCCUUCCCGAAUUGGGACCGUUGGGCGGAAUGGAAUGGCAAGUACAGGGACGAUGUGAGGCGAUUUAUCAAAGGCGACGAAGGCAUGAAAUCAGCAUUUGCAACAAGGAUUGCUGGCUCAUCAGAUCUCUACCAACAGAACAACAGGAAGCCCUACCAUUCAAUCAACUUCGUUGUUGCACAUGAUGGAUUCACACUGCACGAUUUGGUGGCAUACAAUGGCAAACACAAUGAUAACAAUGGGGAGGGAGGCAAAGACGGCACCAGUGAUAACUUCUCAUGGAACUGUGGACAUGAGGGAGAGACUGGCGACGGGACUGUGUUGUUCUUGAGGCAGAGGCAAAUGAAAAACUUCAUGCUUGCUUUGUUGGUGUCACAAGGAACGCCGAUGAUCCUUGCUGGUGAUGAAUAUUGCCACACAAAUGAGGGGAACAAUAACUGGUACGGGCAAGAUUCGAAGCUCACGUACUUCCAUUGGGACGAACUGGAGAGGGACAAGGAUGGCAUGUCGCGAUUUCUGUCUGAGCUCAUCGAAUUCCGCAGGGAGCACCCCCUCCUUGGGCAACCCGAGUUUUUGAGGCCCAGCGGCGUUACAUGGCAUGAAGAUAAUUGGGACAAUCCUGAGAGCAAGUUUCUUGCGUUCACGCUCCACGGCGAGGAUCCAGCUCAUGGCGACAUUUACUGUGCUUUCAACGCUCACGAAUUUUCCGUCGAUGUGAGAUUGCCCGACCCUCCAAAAGGCUGCCGUUGGGCCCGGGUGGUGGAUACAAACUUGGCACCUCCCAAGGACUUUACCCCUGGAGGCAACAAAGGAGUGGAAGCGAACUAUGCUAUCAUGGCCUAUUCAUCUAUUCUACUGCUGGCCAAGCAGAUUCAGUGA